GGCCCCCAGCACACCUCUCGCAGAUACAGCUGCUGGCAGACUGCAAGCAAUUUUAUCCCUGUAUAGAGAUCAAUAUCAAGCAACCUCAAAAUAAUAACGCGGAUUGUCGCGUACAUGGAUUGUACAUCACUGGCUUUCGACCGAAUCCCCUAUACUCGGAAGUUUUGUCGGGCAUGAACUUUGUAGCUGAAGAUUGGAUAGAGAAAGAUAAUCGUACCCUUGCAGCUUCAACUGAAUGCAAUCCAGGGUCGUCGCUCAGUGAUUGCCCUAAGGUGUAUGUUUGGGGCUUAAAUGACAAAGACCAGUUAGGCGGUGUUAAAGGAUCCAAAGUAAAAGUGCCCGUGUUCUCGCCCGUUCUGAGCGCGUUAAAGCCGAUCCAUAUCGCUGGGGGUUCGAAGACACUUUUCAUAGUAUCUCAUGAUGGGAAAGNNNNCGAAGGUACGAACGGUCGUCUGGGACUUGGUCACAGCAAUAAUGUAUCGACGCCGCGCGCAAACCCGUAUCUAGCACACGUACUCGUGCGGCGCGUCGCCGUGCACUCCGGCGGCAAGCACGCCCUCGCUCUCACAGCAGAUGGAAAGGUGUAUUCAUGGGGCGAGGGCGAGGACGGCAAACUCGGGCACGGCAAUCGACUCACGUUAGAAGCUCCACGUAUGAUAGAAGCUUUAGCCAGCGAGCGGGUGGUGGGCGUGGCUUGCGGCUCCGCCCACAGCGCGUGCGUCACCGCCCGCGGACAUCUGUACACGUGGGGCCUGGGAGAGUACGGACGACUGGGACAUGGCGAUGAUACCACACAGCUUUCGCCUAAAAUGGUGGAAGCUCUAUCUGCGUUCAGGGUAAUACAAGUGGCAUGUGGAUCUCGCGACGCGCAGACACUAGCGCUGACGAUGUGUGGAAAAGUGUUUUCAUGGGGUGAUGGUGAUUUUGGAAAGUUGGGUCGUGGUGGUUCAGAGGGUUGCGCUGUACCCAUGAAUAUUGAGCGACUGAAUACAUUGGGAGUGAUACAAGUGGAGUGUGGUGCUCAGUUCAGUUUAGCACUAACAAGAGAUGGAGAGGUAUGGACUUGGGGUAAAGGAGACUAUUUCCGUCUGGGACACGGGCUGGACGCGCACGUACGUCGGCCUACGUUAGUGGAAGCGUUGCGCGGUCGCCAGGUCAUACAUGUUGCUGUGGGCGCAUUGCACUGUCUAGCCGUAACCAGCGAUAAUCAGGUAUGGGCGUGGGGUGACAAUGACCACGGGCAGCAGGGUAACGGUACGACGUGCGUGAACCGUCGGCCGGCGGCGGCGGCGGGCGUGGAGGGCGUGCAGCGCGCCGCCGCCGGCUCCUCCCACUCGGCCGCGUGGGCGCUGCGCUCGCACACGCACCCGCCGCCCCUCACACAGCUACCUGUGCCCUUGCCAUUCCCAACACUCAAGGAUCCUCUAGGAGCUAACAGUUUAGGUUUAUACGCCGAAGAGACAGGAAUAGAAGAGCCUCAAGGGCCGAGACCGUCCUUAGCAUCAGCAUCUUUACCUCUAGAGCCGCCUGUCACCGUCCAACAUGCGUUGUCGUUGAUAUUACUUGCAUUAUACAUAACUCAGGCGCGCAGCUUAUUGGUGGAGGCGUUGAGGUCACACGAGGCGUGUUCGUCUGCGCCGGUGUCGAUCAGUUUAGACGUGGAGGAGGAGGACGCGGAGGCGGACGCGCGCACCGGCGGCGGGGAGGCGCCCGCUGAUAAAACUACGCUACCAAGUGGUACAAGCAGCCCCCUAAGCGGUUCUAUCUCGUCGCGGCAUUCAACAUUAAUGUCCUCGAGUGCUGUUUCCGUGGCCGCCGCGACAAUGACCGUGCAACAAGCAGAAGCGCCUAAAUUGUUGCUGGACGAUUUUACAACGAAUUUAGGUGAGACAGACGCGCGGGCGCUUGUCGACCUAUUGAAGCUCGCUGCGGCGGGCCGCGUGCCUGAUGCUAACAAUGCUGUCAAAAUUAUCACCGAUGUUUUAAUGGCGCUAUGUGCCAGUAAGCCAGAGGUAGCAGACAUGGUGGUGGAGGUGUGCGUGUGCGAGCUGGAGGAGGCGCUAUCUGAGCAUCUAUCAGCCUGUGAUGGGACAGGUUUUAAAUAUUGUGUUGUAUCAGCGUGGCGCGCACGUGUGUGGUGCGUGCGGCGGCUGCGGGGCGUGGUGUGCGGCACGGGCGGGGCGGGGGGCGCGCGCGAGGCGGGCGCGGGGGGCGUGUCCCCGCCCGCGCUGCAGCGCCUGCCGCAGCUGCUGCAAGCGCAGUACGAGCACGAGGAGCCCGCGCUGCGCACCGGCACACAUUUACUGCAUACGCAUUACCUCAAAGAGUUAGCAUGGCUCGCGUGCGGUCUACGGAUAGAUUCGCGCGUGUGUACGGGCGCGGAGAGUGCGCGGUGGGCGUGGUUCAAACGGUACUGCCUGUGCAUGCGCACUGCGGACGCGUUGCUACGACGAGCGCCGCUGCCCGCGCCCUUCCUCGCUGACGUGCGCAAGCGGCUCUCUGACCUCGGCGUUUAUAAUAACGAAGACUCUGGAGACGCACAACAACCCUGGGAGGAUAAUACCAAGUUUACGAAACAACAUGAUGAACAAUUACUGCAUUGGGUUAAUAAGCGCGCAGAGGAAUGGUCAGGGUGGUGGUGCGGCGGGUCGCGCGGCUGCGUGGUGUACGGCUGGGGACACAACCACCGCGGGCAGCUGGGCGGCGUGGAGGGCGCCAAGGUGCGCUCGCCCGCCCUCUGCGCCGCGCUCGCCGCACUCAACCCCGUGCAGCUCGUGGGCGGGGAGCAGACUUUGUUCGCGGUCACGCCCGAUGGAAAAGUCUACGCUACGGGAUAUGGUGCCGGAGGUCGAUUAGGAAUAGGAGGUAUCGAUUCCGUCUCACAGCCUACACUUUUAGCGUCAAUUCAACAUGUUUUUAUUACCAAGGUGGCCUGUAAUUCUGGUGGCAAGCACUGCCUGGCUCUGUCAGUGGAUGGUGACGUGUACAGCUGGGGCGAGGGUGAGGACGGCAAGCUGGGGCACGGCAAUCGAGUGAGUUACGAUCGUCCGAAGUUGAUAACGACGCUAUCAGGGCUGGAGGUGGUAGCUAUAGCGUGCGGCGGCGCGCACUCCGCCUGCCUCACCGCGCGCGGCCGCAUCUACACCUGGGGCAAGGGACGGUACGGACGACUCGGACAUGGAGACUCUGAAGACCAGCUCGUGCCCAAGAUGGUGGAGUCUUUGUCACAAUACCGUGUGAUAGACGUGGCGUGCGGCUCGGGCGACGCGCAGACCUCUAAGCUUGUGCUAUGA